UCUUUGUCAAGCCCACAAACCGCUCACUGCUCUCUCUCGAACUGUCAUUCAGCAAUUGUCGCCGCCGCUGACGUGCACACCAUCAUCUCCCUAGCCUCACGCCCUCUGUCUUGCUUCAUCUGUCUCUAUCCUUGUUACAGAACACCCACACACCAAACACAAACCUUUCUUUACGAAUUUUCCGGCGAUAUCCGCCAUUUAACGUCGUGCUCCACUGCUCUGUUGCUGCAACAACACGCCGCCGACUCUGUUUAUCCCCACUGAUUUCGCCACCUCGCAUUCAAUUCAAGAUUCCUCACUAAAACAUUUGACGGCCGCCGCUCACCCAAAUUCCUUCGCCGUCCUCCGCCAACAGCUACAGAAGAUCUCGCUUUUCCGGAUAUCACAGUUCCACGACGGAUGCCGCGCGCCUAUUGAGGUGUAACAAUGGCAAGGAGAAGGAAUUGCAGGCUUUGGUGGCCGGCUGAUCUCUUCUCUCAAACUCCACCGGGUUUAAGUUUCUUAUUUGGAUGGUUCCUUCCCUCUUCCGAAGCUUCCAUCGAUGUUGUCGUGGCUUUCGCUUGCCAUCAGCACAAACUUGCUUCUUCACUUGAAUCCGGUUUGGAUCUCAUGGAAAUCCUUCAUAGGACGAACAAGAACAUGCCUACACUUCUUCAAGAGAAAAGCGGCUUCUCUCUUCUGGGAUAUUUUGAAGCAGAUUGUAGUGGCAACAACAAGCUGGCUAAUUGUGGAAAUGAUAGAAAUGGAGAUAUGAAACUAAACGGAAAUCAAAGUUCAAGUUCACUUGUGAGUAAUCAAGGGAGCUGGAGCUGUGGAUGCCUCAGACAUGACAGUAUAUUAGGACACGGUAGACUUGCUGCUCCAGAAAACUUGUCAAUCAAACUUGUAUACGUUCUUUCUGAAAGAAUGGACGGAAGAGUUCUUGCUAUCCCUAAAUUGGAUCAUCUACAUUUGAACGGAAAAAUCGAGUCCCAUCUAGAUCUCCACGUAAUAUUUUAUGAAAUACCAAAUAUUGGUGGUCACCAUUAUUCUCUGGGCGCUCACUUUUCAUCCAAUUUAGUAGCAUCCCCUAGCAAGAAACCCAAGUGGUUUGAGGAUCUUCACCAGAGAGAUUCGCAUCUUGACUUGGAUAUUGUAAUCCAGGCAAUGAACAGUGCUAAUGCUGCUCAAAUUUUGUUUGAUGGACAUGACCAUGCUGAGUCUGGGCCACUUCUCCUCAUUCUUCACAUGUUCUCUACCUUUGCAUGGCAGAUAUCUGCUGUAUCUGUUGCUUCCCUAUCAACUAUCAUUUACAUCAUUCUUCAGUUAUCUCGUAUUCUUUUUAGUUGGUUAUCCCACACCGGUAUAGAUGUUCUGUUCACCAAAGUAUUUAGCAAUUCAUUGAAGAGUAUUCACUUCCGCUGCUGUCAGCUUUUGUAUUGGCCGGUUUUUCUCCAGGAUCAAAACAUAAGGGAUUGGUCAUGUGUUGAGUUUGCAGAGAAAGCCGCAUCUCACAAGCACUCAAUAUGGUCAAAUAUUGUAUUUGAUUCUCUUCUGGGAAAUCUAGUUGGCAUUCCCCUGUGGUUUACAGCAGACUCUGCAUUCUUGUGGGUUUCAGACUUUGCACAUGACUUCACAGAUGGUUGGUUACGUACUGGGUGUGUAUGGCUGAUGGGGAAUCCAGCUGGUUUUAAAUUGAAUACUGAGCUAGCUGGGGUUCUAGGAAUGAUUUCUUUGAAUGCAAUUCAGAUUUGGUCUGCCCUUUGGGCUUUAAUUGGUUUUCUGUUCAUUCAUUUCUUCAAAGGACUUGCUCUAUGUGGGAUUCUUUUUGGUUCAACUUGUGCAGCAGCUCUACUUGUUGACAUUAUCUCUCUACUAACAAUGCAUGUUUUGAUUCUUCAUUUAUUCCUUUCACUUCUCUAUUCGACUCAGAUACAAGCAUUAUCAGCAUUGUGGCGCCUUUUCAGGGGUAGAAAGUUGAAUCCUUUGCGCCACAGAUUGGACAGCUAUGACUAUACUGUUGAGCAACAUGUAGUUGGUUCUCUUCUCUUCACGCCUAUAUUACUCCUCCUACCAACGACAUCGGCUUUCUAUAUUUUCUUCACCAUUUUGCACACAGCUGUGUGCUUCGUCUCCAUAGCUGUUGGGGCUGCCAUGUCUUUUAUCCAUUCCACUCCAUAUGCUAAAGUUUUCCUUUGGUUGAAGAGGAGGAAAAGAUUUCCAUCUGGGAUAUUGUUCAAAGUUGCAUUUUGUCAACAUUCUGAGACAGAAGCUUUUGCUGGCAAUGAUUCAUCCACUGUUAAUCUGCACAAAACAGCAUAUUCAAGCUGCAGUAGUAGCAAAUCCACGAUUUUGGUUACAUUUCUCGGCAGCAAUUACUUGAACUUAGGAGAGGUGGUCUGGCCACACUAUAAAAACUUUUAUUCAGCUUUCUCAAGGUCAGCUGUACGCUCAUCUGCUUACGGGCUUCUCACUGGGAGAAGCACUUUGCAUGCUGCUGCUCCUAGUCUCCCUAUGAAGCUGCCAUGGAUAGUGAUCCCUUGGAAAGAAUAUUGGCAUCUAUGCCGUAAUUCAGUGUAUGCGUGUAGAAAACAUCCUUAUCAUAUCCCGUUGCGUCAUUGAAGAGUCAUUCUAGCACUGUGGUUUUUCUCUUUGCCACCAUUAUCGAAUGCUGAGAUUUGCACAUAGAGACUCUCUUCUUACCUACUGAACUGGCGAGGAUUUGUAUUCUUUUUAGGCGAUAGCAUAGUCUACUUGUUAGGGUCGUUUUAUGACUUCAUUCUUGUAUAUAUAAUAUUUUUAUUCUCUCAAGCCUAAUAUACACACAACAUUGACAUUCCCAA